AUGGUUCGGCUCACUGCACUGCUUGCUCCUCUGGUGGCUCUCACCACCACCGUGCUCGCUUCUCCAAUCGAGAGAAAGACUGAACCCGUUGUGACCUACCUCGGCACCUCAGGACCCAUCCUUUCCGGCGGCGCGUCCACCACUUCCAAAGGCCUCGUCUACACUGCAGGAACAGUCCCUUCGUUGAACGGCUCGAUAGUCGAGGGCGGCAUUGGUCCGCAAACCGCUCAAGUCAUCUCCAACAUCGGCGCAAUCCUGGAAGAAGCCGGCACCAGCUGGGCGUAUGUGCUGAAGACCACCGUCUUCCUGGCGGACAUGAAUGACUUUGAGGCCGUCAACGAGGUCUACGGCGAGCUCCUGCCUGACCCGAAGCCUGCCCGUACGGCGGUCCAGGUCGGACAGCUGCCCGGGGAUUUCCUGAUUGAGAUCGAGGCUAUCGCGGCCAUUCCGGACUGCUAG